GCUCCAGAGAUAAACAAGCUGUCUUGCUUAAGGUGUUUUGAUCACAGUUUUUUUUUUUCUUUAACAGAUUCUUCUGUUGAAUAAGGACUGUGGAGACCCACAACUAAAGCCACCAGCUGUUAUAAUGCAGCAUGAGGAGCUGUCAGCCAGAGAGGAGUUCACCUACAGCCACAUGCCCACUCUGGAGAGAGGGGGUGGGACGCUGGGACGCCGAGGCGAGAGACGGCCGGACAGGGCUGAGCGGGACAGCUUCACGGUGGAUGUGAGAGCCAGUGACCUACAGCUGUCCCAGCCAGAGCCUCUGAGACACCCCUGCUUCAGCUGCAGGGCCUGGCUGUACAGUGUCCUCAUAGGGGGGAGUCUGCUCAUCACAUCUGGUUUCUCUCUGUACCUGGGAAAUGUGUUUCCUGUUGCCAUGGACUACCUGCGCUGUGCUGCAGGCUCUGGCAUCCCUGCAGCAAUAGCUAGCUUUGCUAUAGCCAAGAAAAGGCACGUUGCAGUGUCAGAUUUCCAGGUUGUCUAUGUGUCAACAUUCGCUGUGACAACAACCUGCCUGGUUUGGUUUGGCUGUAAACUGAUCUUGAACCCCUCUGCUGUCAAUAUCAACUUUAACCUCAUCCUGAUGAUUUUGCUGGAGGUGUUGAUGGCCGGCACCGUCAUCCUGUCAGCUCGCUCUGCAGAUGACUGCUGCUGCCGCAGGAAGCCUGGAUCAUGUCACAGAUCUGCGUUGAUCAAACCUCCAAUCUUCCCCACUCGGCUCCUCAAGGCAUAUUCUGUAAUCGAAGUAAUUGUGGGAAUCUCAGCUGUAUUUGGAGGCAUCAUAGCACUCAACAUGGACGCCUUGCUGCCUGGUCCCUACUUGUCCGUUACAUUUUUCUGGAUCCUCGUGGCCUGUUUUCCAAGUGCUAUUGCCAGUCAUGUAGUGUCAGAAUACCCCAACAAAUGCCUGGUGGAGGUGUUGAUUGCCAUCAGCAGUGUGACAUCUCCCUUGCUCUUUUCAGCCUCUGGCUUCCUCUCUUGCAGCGUGAUCAACUUUAUUGAGAUUUUCCUUUACGACGUGCCUACAGCCAAGCAAUCCUAUGACAUCCUGCUGCUGAUUCUGAUGGUGCUGCUGCUGGUGCAGGCAGUCCUGACUGCAGCCACUGUGGUGCACUGUGCCACAUACAAGAGUCAGCUCCGCAUGAGGGCUCCAGAGUGCGAUGACGGCAUGCAAGCCACAGCUUAUCACAGUGAGCUCCAUCAGCAGCAGACACCCAAUGGGACGCUGCAGGAUUUUGACAAAGACCGAGCCUGGAAGGCAGUUGUGGUCCAAAUGGCCCAUUAAGAAGUUUCAUCUGGGGUGAAAAAAAAAGAAAUAAA